CAUGACUGUGUUUUUAUGAAUGAAAAGAAUCCUGUGAGUGAGUAAUUCCAGGAAACUCAUAUUACAACUCAGCAGAUCUCAGCCCAGAGUCCAGCUCCUCUCCAAACAACAACUUCAAACAAGGAGGCUAAAACGAAACCAUUAGGGAAAAGGAUCUCUAAAGGGAUAAAGAAGGGAGAAGAGCAACAACAAAGACUCAAAGCAAUGAACACAGCACAGACUGCGUGUGUCCAGCUAGAAGGAGGGUUGAUGUCAGCUGAAAUGAAGAUGGGCGAGAGUGUGUCUGGCAAAAGACAUGGUUGUCUGGACUUAAGUUCUGGACAUAAGGGGUGUAUCUUCAGAGAAGCAUGUGGGGAGAAGAGCAAUGCAGAGGAUCAAAGUGUUCAAAAGCACAGAGUGUCUCCGGUCCUCGUGUGGGGAGCACGACUGCAGGAGACAAUGUCCGCAGACAGCUUAUCGAGCAAGGCCCUGAAGAUCAAGCAGGAGCUGGGGGAAAACGUGCCCCAGCUAUCAGACGAGGAGCUGAUGGGGCUGUCGGUGCGGGAACUGAAUCACCACCUGCGGGGUCUCUCCAAGGAGGAGGUGGCACGGCUGAAGCAGCGCCGGCGCACGCUGAAGAACCGCGGGUGCCAGAAGGAGGAGCUGCAGAAGCAGAAGACGGAGCUGGAGCGGGAGGUGGACAAGCUGGCCCGCGAGAACGCUGCCAUGCGCCUGGAGCUGGACGCCCUGCGGGGCAAGUACGAGGCGCUGCAGGGUUUUGCCCGCACAGUUGCUGCCCAUGGCUCUGCCGCCAAGGUGGCCACCGCAAGCGUCAUCACCAUCGUCAAAUCUGGCACCAACCAGGCCACAUGCUCCUAGUGCUUGUCUGCUCCCCAUGAACUGCGUCCUGCUGGGCCCAGCUCUUUACCCAGAAUGGACAGCCGCUGCCUUGGCUCCUCCCACAAUCCCUGCAAGACAGAAUUGACUUGAAGACCCUAAAACAAGUGGUCCCUCGAUUUCUCUCCACCGCUCCCGCCUUCCUAGAACCAAGCAGUGACUCAGCCCUCCGUCCACGGAUCCCUCCCCACCAGCUUGUCGAGCCGGGUGAAAACGUGCCAGUCGGAAUCUCCUAGCUGAAAUAUUCCCUUCCUCUGACCAAUUCUGUACUGUUGAGAAGUCUCCUCUUAGCUUUUCCUUCCUAUCAGUGCCCCUCCCUCGGUCUCUACACCAGGGGCUCAGAUCAGGGCCUUUUCCCCCAGUAUUUAGACAAGGGGCUCAGAGACCCUUCCCAUUUGUUAUUGGUAGGGGUGCAGCUCCCAGAGCUGUCUGGUGCCAAGAUCUGUGAGAUGGAGGUGGAGAGGGCCAGGCCAAGGACCUGUUUGCCUUUGUCGAGCACAGAGCAGGGGGUGGGAUACCUGUUCAGGAAUUGCAAAAAAGCUGCUGCCCUCUCUUCCUUAACUCGGGCCCUGCUAGUCCAGAUUUUCUGUUGUGUCCUCUCAGCAGGGAGAUAAACAACAACCUUUCCUGCCUCCUUGUCAGUUGCAUCCCAGGGGUCAGAGAAAUCCCUGGAUCUCCUCCCCACACCUUUUCAGAAAGGCCCUGAAACAACUGAUCUUGAGACCAAAUGGCAGAGACUCAUCUAGCUGACUUAAGCCUGUCUUUCAGGGAUUGGGAGAACAAGGGUAGUGCUGGGGAAAGAGAGGUUUCAGUUUAAUGGAGAGAAGGAGGAAAGCAAGAGGACAAGCAUGUGAGUGAUGGAGAGAAGACAGACUGACUGUAGCACGUGUAGCCUGGCCAUUCCAGUGCACAUCUCUGCUUGACAUCAGGGUGAUAAGCACACUGGAAAUACAAAGACUCAGUUGUAGGGGUGAAUGUACAUUUAGCAGCUUAGCUAAAUUUCCAACAUCCCCUGCAAGGAAGGGACUUGGGGUUUGAGAAAGAGACCAGGAUGGGGUAAAAAGGAGAGAGAGAGAGAGAGAGAGAGAGAAGGAAAGAGGAACAGAGCAAGUGAGUAGUUGGCUAGAGAAGUAGCAGCAGGACUAUGUUUGAAGUGCUGGAAGGGAGAGAGCCUCUUUCAAAUCACAUUUUGUGACCACAACAUUGAGAAGCUCUGGGAAGAACAAAGCAGGCACAGCACGUCUCAGUGCGUCUCUGAUUGCGUAACUGCAAGCUGGCACAAUUGCCAAACGAACUGCAGAGAUAAGCCAUGCAGAAGGAAGUUGUAUCAAUCUGGUUUUGCUGGUCUGGAUCCAUCCGUACAAAAACCAGUACAGCCUGAAAAGGCAGAUGGAGCCAGGAACCAGCUCAAAUGGGCUGGACAUGCUCACAUUUGAUUCAUUGCCUUUAAAGAUGGGAUUUUAUUUGGAGGAGGAGCAGGGGGAAGAGAGCAAGUCCUUUUAUCUCUGUUUACACACAGACUCACACCCUUUCCUUCCAAUAGUGACGUUUCCUCCAUGGAAUGGUGGGACUCUCUAAAAGGCCAGCAGGAAGGAAAUAAACACAGCUGUAGUGGAGAUAAAAUUAUUAGUUACAUGACAGUAGCGCCUGGACUUCCACUCCCUUCCUCCUCUUCCCAAGAAUGGCAUCCCAUUGCACUAGGCACUGCACCAACUAAUGGGCUACGUCUACACUGGCCCCUU